AUGGUGCCACCUAAUUUUCAUGGGAUGGCCAAAUGGCGGUUUACCCUGAGGCUGUUCUAUCAGAAGCUUGCGAAACUAGAACGGUUAAUUAAUUUGUCGAGUGAUGAAUCUAACAAGUUAGAAUUAUAUGACUAUGCUGUUCUUUUUCUGGCUUCAGAUUGUGGUACAUUUAUGGAUGUUGUCAAAGAAGUUGCUCGGCAGGGGUCUGCAUCUUGUAAAAGUGUUGCCAUAAGAGCUGAUCAGAAUAGCUAUAGUUACAAUCAACUGAUCUCAUCUGCUUGGAGGAUAUCUCGUUUGUUAUGCAAUGCUGGCUUGAAAACUGUUGAUGGUAUCACAGGAAAUGAACAUCUUGAUGGAGCUAGAAUAGGCAUUGUGGCUAAACCUUCGGCCGAGUUCAUUGCUGGCAUACUAGGGACUUGGUUUAGUGGAGGUGUUGCAGUCCCCCUUGCACUUAGCUACCCGGAAGCUGAACUCUUACAUGUCAUGAAUGAUUCGGAUGUCUCCAUGAUCUUGAGUACUGAAGAUCAUCGGGAGCUUAUGCAAAAUGUUGCAUCUAAAACUGCUGCUCAAUUUUCUCUUAUUCCACCUGUUCCUAGUAUCCUUUCACAGACAACUAGUAAUGAUCUAUCACAAACUGGAGAAAUGGAUGUUGAUAGAAGUUUGCCAGGGAUUGGAAACUCAAAUGGGAUAGAAGGGGAUGACCCAGCAUUGAUAAUCUAUACUAGUGGUACCACAGGUAAACCUAAAGGAGUUGUUCAUACGCACAAAAGCAUCUUAGCACAGGUUGAAUUCAUACCAAAAUUUAGUGUAAGGGGUGUCUGGCAAAGGUGGCGUGAAUCCUAUCCAGAUAACGGGAAUAAAGCAAUGGAUGCUGUAACUGUGUUUACAGGAGUUCCGACUAUGUAUACUCGAUUGAUACAAGGCUACGAAGCAAUGGAUUCACAAUUGAGAGCUGCUUCUGCUUCAGCUGCAAGCCAGUUGCGUCUCAUGAUGUGUGGCUCCUCUGCACUUCCUCUACCAAUCAUGCAACAGUGGGAAACCAUCACUGGACAUCGUCUUUUGGAACGAUAUGGCAUGACUGAGUUCGUCAUGUCAAUUUCUAAUCCCUUAAGAGGUUUGCGGAAAGGAGGCACUGUUGGCAAACCUUUUCCCGGUGUACAGGCAAUGAUUCUUGCAGAAGAUGGUGGUGAUGAUACAACAGGGGUGGGUGAACUUUGCAUUAGAAGUCCUUCUUUGUUCAAGGAAUAUUGGAAACUUCCUGAGGUAACUAAAGAAUCGUUCAUUGAUGGUGGCUUUUUCAAGACUGGAGACACUGCUAAAGUAGAUGAAGAUGGAUAUUAUGUCAUCUUGGGACGUACUAAUGCUGAUAUUAUGAAAGUGGGAGGAUACAAAUUAUCUGCGUUAGAAAUUGAAGCAGUCCUUUUAGAGCAUCCAAUUGUGUCCGAGUGUUGUGUGUUGGGCUUACCUGACAAACACUAUGGGGAAGCUGUAUGUGCAAUAAUUGUGCCUGAGGCAGAGGUGAAGAGAAAACGGGAGGAGGAAUUGAAACCUGCUCUGCGUUUGGAUGAACUGUGCACCUGGGCUAAAGAGAAACUCGCACCCUACAAGUUACCAACUCAGUUGUUCUUGUGGGAGUCGCUGCCUCGGAAUGCCAUGGGAAAGGUGAAUAAGAAGGAAUUGAAGAACGCACUAGCUUCUGAACAACAAUAA